AUGUUCCCCAGCCCCGCGCUCACACCCACGCCGUUCUCGGUCAAAGACAUUCUGAACCUGGAGCAGCAGCAGCAGCAGCAGCAGCAGCGCAGCCUGGCCACCGCCGGGGAGCUCCCUUCGCGCCUGGAGGCCACCCUGGCGCCCGCCUCCUGCAUGCUGGCCGCCUUCAAGUCCGAGGCCUACGCGGGGCCAGAGACGGCGGCCGCACCCGGCCUCCCCGAGAUGCGAGCCGAGCUGGGGCCCGCUCCUUCGCUGGGCAAGUGCGCGCCUGCCUUCCCCGCUGUCCCUGCCUUCUAUCCUCGCGCCUAUGGCGACCCGGACCAGGCCAAGGACCUGUGCUCAGAUAAGAAAGAGCUGUGCGCGCUGCAGAAGGCGGCGGAGCUGGAGAAGCCCGAGGCGGACGGCGCCGAUCGGCCCCGGGCGCGGCGCCGGCGGAAGCCCCGCGUGCUCUUCUCUCAGGCGCAAGUCUACGAGUUGGAGCGACGCUUCAAACACCAGCGGUACCUGUCGGCUCCGGAGCGCGACCAGCUGGCCAGCGUGCUGAAGCUCACGUCCACGCAGGUCAAGAUCUGGUUCCAGAACCGGCGCUACAAAUGCAAGCGGCAGCGGCAGGAUCAGACUCUGGAGCUAGUGGGGCUGCCCCCGCCUCCGCCGCCGCCUGCCCGCAGGAUCGCCGUGCCGGUGCUGGUGCGCGACGGCAAGCCUUGUCUGGGGGACUCGGCGCCCUACGCGCCCGCCUACGGCGUGGGCCUGAACGCCUAUGGUUAUAACGCCUACCCGGCGUACCCGGGCUAUGGGAGUGCGGCCUGCAGUCCCGGCUAUAGCUGCGCCGCCGCUUACCCCGCCGGGCCUCCCGCGGCACAGCCAGCCGCCGCUGCAGCUGCCGCCGCUACGGCCAACAACAACUUCGUGAACUUCGGCGUCGGGGACUUGAACGCGGUGCAGAGCCCCGGGAUCCCGCAGGGCAACUCCGGAGUGUCCACGCUGCACGGUAUCCGAGCCUGGUAG